AUGGUUCAACAAAUGAGUGUGUUAAUGAGUACAUCCAACAAAAAGCGUUCUCAAGGCCACGGGAAGUGUGAGGUUCAGACAGAUAGGUUUUCAGGGAGCGUCCUCUGGGUACUGCUGCUGAAAUGUCGGGAGAAGAGGUUGAGAUGCUGGAUUAGAUUUAGGCUGUCCUUUUGGGAUUCAAUUAGGGUUGGUGGUGAAAUGGAGCCUGUGGUAGUUGAGCCCAAGAGGCGGGGAAGAAAGCGGAAGAAAAUUGAUGAACCAAACGUGAUGGAUUCUAAUGUCGGCAAAAGGGUAAAAGAGACGAGGUCAUUAAAAAUCGUGGGAAGAUAUGUUAGGAAAGAGUUUGGCUGCAGUGGGGUAUUCUUGGGGAAAGUUGUGUGUUAUAAUACCGGUUUGUAUAGGAUAAACUACGAGGAUGGGGAUUUUGAGGAUCUGGAUAGUAUGGAAGUUAAGGGGUUUUUAGUGGAAGAUUGCGAUUUAAAUGGUGAGUGGUCUGAGAGGAAAUCAAAGUUGGAUGCGUUAUUAUUAGGUAAAGACGUAAAUGCAAAGAUUUUGGAAGUUGAUGCACUGGAGGCACCAAAAGCGAACCUGGCUGAUUCAUCAGCGCAUAAUGAGAUGAGCAAUGGUGAAACAAGCGCCAAUGUAGUAAUGGAUGCUCUUAAUGAUAGUAAUGAUGAUGCCAAUGCUGAUGUUUUGAGCGAUUCAUGCGAAGAUUUUCAAGGGCAGGAUGCUAAUGUCGAGAUGGAAGGGCCCCUUAUUCCACCACCAGAAUUACCUCCUUCUUCUGGGCAUAUUGGGGUUCCAGAGGAGUAUGUGUCUCACCUUUUCGCAGUUCAUGGUUUCUUACGGUCGUUUAGCUUGCAGCUGUUUCUAUACCCCUUUGGAUUAGAUGAUUUUGUGGGUGCACUCAAUUGGCCUGUCGCGAAUACAUUGUUGGACUCUGUUCAUGUUGCUCUGUUGCGUGUCCUGAAACGCCACAUUGAGAGGCUCUCAUCAGAAGGUUCGGAUCUUGCAUCAAAAUGCUUGAGGUGUCUGGACUGGAGCUUGUUGGAUAACUUAACUUGGCCAAUCUACUUGGUCCACUAUCUGAUGGCGAUGGGUUACAAAAGGGGAACUGAGGGCAAAAAAUUCUACACCCAUACCUUGGAGAGAGAUUAUUACACUUUAUCGCCUGGACAAAAAUUAUUGCUUUUGCAGAUUUUAUGUGAUGACGUUAUGGAUUCUGAAGAACUGAGAGAAGAAAUGGAAAUUCGUGUAGAAUCAGAAGUAGGAGUAGACGCUGAUAUGGAUACAGUGAUCAGACCUAGUGUUGGAGCCAGUAGAAUUCGUUCUAGAUACAAUAAAGCAUCUGCAUCCAAGGGUGUUGAAGCAAGUAUCUCAGAGCAUCAUGACAUCAAAUCUUCAGUGGAUAAUCAUUCGACUCAGCUAGGCGAACAAAUUGGGACUUCAUCUGAUGAUGAUAGUAAUGGUGAUGAAUGUCGUAUUUGUGGCAUGGAUGGAUUGCUUUUAUGCUGUGAUGGGUGCCCGUCGUCAUAUCACUCGAGAUGCUUAGGACUGAGCAAGACGCAUAUGCCAGACGGUUCCUGGUAUUGUCCUGAGUGUAAAAUAGAUGCAACUGAACCUAAAAUUUUACGAGAAACUGCUCUUAGGGGAGGGCAAAAUUUUGGUGUCGAUCCAUACCAACAAGUUUUUGUUGCGACUUGUGACCAUUUACUCGUAUUGGAAGCCUCAAAUAACUCUGAAAUAUGUCUCAAAUACUACAAGAAGCAUGACAUUCCCAGACUUCUCCAUUGUCUUUAUUCAAACACAGAGCAUGCCGUCACAUAUAUGGAAAUAUGCAAGGGGAUCAUGCAGUAUUGGGAACUACCUGAAGACAUUUUACCUAGCCUCCCAAUGUCUGAAGUUGGAAUGCCAGUGGCAAAUGAAAGAGGGGUCGGUGAAUAUAACAGUUAUUUGGAUAAUUUAUUGGAAACUGGAUGUUAUCAGAAUGGUAAAAAUGCAGCAGACAUGGCUGCUUCAAGUCUUACUAAGUCUCUGCAGGAGCCUGUCGAAAAUGAGAAUUCUUUGGAUAAAGUAUCCAUAUCCGAUCAGUUUGGUAAUGAAGAUUUUAAUAGAGAACAGUCUGUUUCAGUUAUGAACACGUCAAUUGUUGAGCACAUUCCAUUUGGUGGUUUAACAGGCCACCCUGCUGACACCAACGAGUUAAGCAAACAAAGUCAACAGAGUGGUACAGGAGCUGUUCCCAACACCACAAUAACCUGCCAUGCUAAUAACAGUGAUCCGGAGUGUGGUGCUACCAAUGGAUCUCACAUAUCGCGUUCACACCUGAGGCUAACUAUUAAGUUUGACAGCAAGUGUCGUGGAAAUCCAUCUGGUGGUUGCUCGUACACAGGCUCUUCCUUCAAGACAUCUGGUUAUAUAAAUAAUUACCUGCAUGGAGAUUUUGCUGCUUCUGCAGCUGCUAAGUUGGCCAUUCUUUCAUCUGAAGAAAGCCAAGUUCUUGAGGCCCGCUCUUCAAAUAAUCGCCGAAAAGGUAUGUCGGACAAUAUUUCACUUCAGGUAAAAGCUUUCUCUGCAGCAACUACGAGGUUUUCCUGGCCGAAUCCCGAGAAGAAGCUUGUGGACAUACCUAGGGAAAGAUGCUCCUGGUGCUUUUCAUGUAAAGCUACAGUGUCAAGCAAGAGAGGCUGCUUGUUAAAUGCAGCUGCUUUAAAUGCCAUCAGAGGGACAGCAAAAGUUCUGGCAGGUGUCCGUCCUUUAAAGAAUGGGGACAGUAGACUUGCUGGCAUGACCGCAUACAUCUUGUAUAUUGAGGAGAGCUUGAGUAGUCUUGUUAUCGGUCCUUUCCAUAAUGAUUCUUUUCGGAAAAGGUGGCGUAAGCAAGUUGAACAGGCUUCUAGUUGCAAUGCAAUAAAGAUCCUUUUGCUUGAACUUGAGGAGAAUGUACGCCCAAUUGCCUUCUCUGGAGACUGGGUAAAGGUUGUUGGUGGCUGCUCAACUCAACCUUCCAGUGUUCAGAUUGCAGCAAAUGCUGCUGGAUCAGUUCAGAAGCGUAAACCGGGAAGGCGUGGUAGGAAACCUUCUGCCGUUGUAGAAGUUGCAACUGAUGUUUGCGUGGACUCGUCGAAUGACUUUACCUGGUGGAGAGGAGGUACAUUGUACAAGAUUAUGUCUCAAACAGCGAUCCUUCCACGUUCAAUGAUUAGGAAAGCUGCCCGUCAAGGUGGUUCAAAGAAUAUACCUGGAGUACAAUAUGUUGGAGGACAUGAGACCCCUAAAUGUAGCAGGCGGCUUAUCUGGCGGUCAGCGGUUGAAAUGAGUAGGAACAUAGCACAACUUGCACUUCAGAUUCGAUACCUUGACUUCCAUGUGAGGUGGAGUGAUCUCGUUCGUCCAGAACAGGGCCCCCCUGAUGGAAAAGGCCCUGACACAGAAGCUUCUGCUUUUAGAAAUGCUUCUAUUUGUGAUAAAAAAGUUCUGGAACAUGAGAUAAGAUACUGCGUUGCUUUUGGUAGUCAGAAACAUUUGCCCUCUCGUGUGAUGAAAAAUGUAGCAGAAGUAGAGAAAUUCCAUGAUGAUGGAAAGGAGAGAUACUGGUUCUCUGAGACGCGCAUCCCUUUAUAUCUGAUUAAGGAUUAUGAAGAGAAAGUGGAGAAAAGCAACUCUGUGGAUGUUCUGUCUAAACUGCAGAGGAGGCAGCGGAAAGCUUCUCAAAAGAGUAUUUUCUACUAUCUCUGGCGGAAGCAAGAUAAUACGGCCAAGAGUCGUUGUUGUUCGUGUCAUCAGGAUGUCCUGCAUUGGAAUGCUGUCAAAUGCAGUGCUUGCCAAGGUUUAUGCCAUGAAAAUUGUGUCACCAGCAUGACAGGUCAUACGAACACUGAAGACAAUUUUAUAAUCACUUGCCAGCGUUGCUCUGAGACACGUGCCGUUAAUCAGGACCCGCAUAGCUACGGGUCCCCAACAAGCCCAUUGCUUCUUCAAGUCCGAGAUGUCCCUAAAGCAGUUACCUCCAGCAAACGUGUCAAAGUAGUCGGUCAUAAAGCAUCACCGGCAUCUUUUGAGCCACAAAAGCGUACUAAGGAGAUGAAAUCUUGUAAUGACUUGGGAACAGCUAAUAAAAAUAAAAUUAGGCAUUGGGGCCUAAUAUGGAGGAAGAAUAAUUGUGAAGACACUGGCGCUGAUUUCAGACUGAAAAAGAUCAUUCUGAGAGGCAAUCCGGAUAAAAACCCUGAGAGACCCGAUUGCUGCCUUUGUUCUAAACCGUACAAUGCCGAGCGGAUGUACAUCAACUGUGAAACAUGCGACCAUUGGUUUCAUGCGGAGGCCCUUGAACUGGACGAGUCUCAGAUUUUCGACUUGUUGGGGUACAAAUGCUGCAAGUGUCGUAGGAUAAAACGCCCCCAUUGUCCGUACAGUGAUAAGGUAAAAAAGAAGAAAACGAAGGGCAGAAAUCCUAAACUCGAUAUUCAGGAUAUGGACUCCAAUUCUCAGUCGAGCUUUGAGACCUUUUUAGAAGACGGACAACUUCAUCCCACAUUACACCAAAAUGAAGCAGUAGGAGAUGAUACCCUUCUCCUUUCUCUCUCUGAACUUGGGCAGUGCACCCAAACAUCCGAACCGGAACACGAAUGGAAUAACUCAAACGUAUCUUUUUCCGGGCCAAGGAAGCUGCUGGUCAGAAGACAUAUCAAGCAAGAAAGCAAUAAUUCAUCAGUUCCAUUUGAAGCAAAUUUCAACUCCACUGGGAAAUUACCAGUUAGGAAAAAUGCAAAGAGGGAAAGCAGGUCAGAUUGUUAUCCAGAAACAACCAGCCCUUUGGAAUUCAACGGCACUACCCCUGUGCGGGACCCGUUAUCCUCUCAAGCGCAAUGGGAUGUUCCCGAUAACAGCUUUGACGACGGUGUAAUGUUGGACUAUGAUGGUAUUGGUUAUGAUGACAAUACGGAUUUUGAACCUCAGACAUAUUUCUCUUUCAAUGAACUGCUUGCGCCUGAUGAAAAUGAGUCACACGAAAAUGUUGUUGUGGGAGAUUUGGAAAAUCUGUCUGUUCUUCCAGAAAAUGAAAUAGUUGAGAUAUCAUAUGAUGAGGGGGAACCAAUUGUCUCUGUGGGGACCACUAUUGAGGUUCAGCCUUGUAAAUUUUGUUCCCUGACCGAACCUCGUCCGGAGCUUUGCUGUCAAGUGUGUGGUAUUUCGGUCCAUAGCAGCUGUUCGCCCUGGCUCGAGUCUUCAUCUUUGGAGGAAUGCUGGAGGUGUGGCGAUUGUCGGGAGUGGCGGUAA